CAAGGCAGGAUAGAAACAUGCUUGUUGGUAGAUAGCAUCUGCCUGGUCACUUACCUGUAUAUGUCUGUUUCUUGGAAAACAAUGCCACCUAUUUCUUUCAGUGGAAAGUACAACAGAUAAAAGAGCACAGCAGCACUAUUUGUCAGAGUAAACUCUCAGCUACAAAACACUGUUCUACAGCAGAGUCACCACCCCUGGCGGAUUCACAUGCAUGAACUGAUUGAGGCCCUACUCAUUUUGUGGUGGGGCAGCUGUGCAUGGCCAUCAAGAGCUUGGCUCGCCUUCCACAUUGCUGUUGCCACUGCAGAAAUGCAACAACCACAGCUUGACUGAUCUAACUUAUCCAGUUUGGUCUCUGUAAACGUUUAUCAAUUAUUGAUGAAAGUCAGUGGGUGCCAUUUUGUGCACAUGGAGAUUAUCGAGUACGCGUAUAAAUUUGAAUCGUGACUAGUAGUCAUCACUCAGAAAUUUACAACUGCAAAAUAUCUGUCGGCACACUGUUCAAUAACCAUGUCAGUCCGGAAAUGCACUCACUCAGACCUUGAGCUCACCAUUUUAUGAGCUAGAAUCAUGUUCUUCGAAGGCUUGUGUUAUCUUGGGUUCCGUAGUGGACUUCAGUUUCGCAAUACAGCUUUUUACCUGACAGGAUGAAAGGUUAGAAGGAAGUUCUAUUUUCUAUUUCUAGAAGGGAGUAUAUUUUACGUGGGGAGAAGAUUUUCAGUUGGCUACUUCUUUCAAAAAUGCAGGUAUCCUUCCAUGAAGAAGAUAAAUCUCAGUUGUACCAAGUAGUGGUUUGGGUUAUUUAAAAAGCAACACAGGUCGUUCAACACUAGUUUUUCCUAUUGAUCCUUACUGUAAGAUAUACUUCACGGACAAAUUUGCCGUAGUGUGGUUAUGAAAGAAAAUGCUUAUUAAUCCUAGCAGUGUUUCUUGAUCCCCAUGCUGUGCAUGCAUUUCUGUCACGUGUUCCCAAGUACCCUGGCGUAUGUUGUCAGUAAAUGUCCAAGUCCAUUUUCUUCUGUCCUCCCAAAGAGCUCCAACAGAUGCACAAACCACACGGCCGUCUGCAUAUGGGUGUUCUUCCCACUUGCCAACAUGUCAGACAGCCUGCUGUCUAAAGACGUUUGUGUUGGGUUCUGGGCCACUGGUUUAAGGUCUGGAGUGAUGCGAUGUGCAUCCAGCAUUGUUUUAUCAAAGGUCUCCAUUUGGGUGCCAAGAUUCCAGUUGUGUAACAGCCCACCUUCUCUUCACUUACUGAAUGUACAGCAAGAACGGGAAAACCCUGUGAGAGGUGCAUGCAUUUGAGGCUGCUAUUUUGUGUGUGAUGGGAGAGGAAGCCUUACAUGGGAGUGAAAGUAUUGCACAUGUGUGUGAGAGAAUUUUCCACUCCGUGACAGAUUUUCUGUGCACAAGCUUUCUGUUUUCCCUUGCACUGGUGUUGCCCUAAGAUGGCUAGGAUGGUCCCGUCCUAUUUCACACAUGUGUUGGAAAUAGCCAACACCCUUCGGUCAUGCUGAUAUAAACUAUGAACUGAUUUUAGAUAGUAUAUAAGUUCAAUUCAAUCACAUGAAUGAGUAAAACCUAGGCAUGGUUAUUCAUAACUUAUUUGCCAAUAUGAUGGUUCCAAUUUGCAGACCCACAUUUAAAUGAUCAGCUGAAGGUGACCCAGCAUCGACUGAGCACCUGGGAAAUGUUCUCUUAUAAACGAGGGAAGUCAGAAACCUGCAUUUACCUUGGCAUCCCCAAUAAAUACUCACCAUCUCUGAGUGAGAGAUGCUAUGGCAUGUUCAUUAGCUCACUUAACAGCCACCCACAGCACCUCAUCCUUAAACCAUGUCUGGGAAAGGAGCAAAAAGAUUAGAUAGGUGCCCAGAUAUCACCAUCUGAUCUGAUCACUAGGCAGGGAAUAGGUCUCCAUCUCCUUCCUACAUCACAGCUACAGUAAUUCUGCGUUGAAUAGAUGUUGCUGUGUGAGAACAGAAAGAGAUUGCAGAGAUUUGUCUUUCUAGUGAUUAUUUCAAGUGUAUGGAUUCUAGAGGAAAAUAAUCAGCUUUAGGAGGUGUAGUUGUAGCUAAAAUCCAAACUUUUCUGGGCAAAGUGCAAGAGACAGGCAAGAGUUAAUCCCAGCUCCUUGCGUGACUUGCGUUCAUGUACACAAAGUUAUUAACGGCUGCCCCUGUGAAACAGUAACUGAGCCCAAGGAUAAAUCCCCGCUCUUAGUAUAGUGAACAUCUCCCCAAUGACUCAGCUUAUCUCAGAACAGCAGUUGUUUGCAUAGUUACAUCAAUCAGCCAACACUGAACAUAGCCAACUCACUCAGCAGCUAGCAGUCCUCUAUCUCCCAGUGUAACCAGAGGCAAGAAAAGUGAAUAGGAGAGAUGGGGGCUGCUGCAGUUUGGGUAAGACAAGGGGAGGUCUGCACUGAUGGGCUGCUGAUGCUAAGAAGGUCAUCAGUCUGUGGUACUGGUAUGGAAAGGAGAUGGGUGAGGCACUGAGUUGUAGUCACAGUAUGGGAGAGCCAAGUUUAUGACAGCAGUCACACCUUUCUCGUGCUUGUACAAACCUGCUUUUGAAGUCCAAAACCCAUUUCAACAUUUUAUAAUCAUCAAUCUCCUGACAUGAAUCCAGUUGCGUGCAAACUGAUAAACAUGUGAAACAGUAAAUCAAAAGGGCAAAAGUAUCAUUGCCAAGUGCUAUAUUUGAGCAGGUGGAUUGAAGCCUCAAAAGCUUUCAAACCACCCAGCUGGCUCUUGCACGGAUUUCUUUCCACCUUGCAACAUGCUGAUGGCAAUGCUUCUCCCCUUCUUGUGCUGCUUGAGUACUGCUGCUGCUGGGAAGUUGUUGGUGGUCCCGAUGGACGGCAGUCACUGGCUCAGUAUGAAGGAAGUGCUGACUGAACUGAGCAGGAAAGGGCACGAAAUAGUUGUUGUAGCACCAGACAGCAAUAUCCUCAUAGAUUCUUCAGGGAAUUUCACGAUGAAGACGUAUCCUGUACCAUACAAGCAGGAAGAGAUAAAAGAGCUUUUGCAUACUUUUGGCAUGAGCAGUUUCAGUGAACGGCCUUUUCUUACCAGAUUUUUGGAUACUUGGGAACUUUUUAGAAAGUCUUCUACUAUGUUUCAAGCUUCCUGCAGUUCCUUACUGUACAAAAAAGAGCUGGUGAAAUUUCUGGAAGAAAGCAAAUUUGAUGCAGUCUUUACAGAUCCUGUGACACCCUGUGGACAAAUAGUUGCUCUGCAUUUGUCUAUUCCUACUGUUUUCUUCUUGCGGGGUAUUCCAUGUUCUAUAGACACUUAUGCUGCCCAGAGCCCAAGCCCAGUGUCCUAUGUCCCACGAUGGUUCUCAUUCAAUACAGAUCAUAUGACAUUUCCUCAGAGAGUGAAGAACGUACUGAUAAGCAUUUCGGAGUAUUUUAUCUGCAGUAUUGUCUUUUUACCAUUUGAAAGACUGGCCUCAGACUUUCUCCAAAAGCCUAUGACGUUGACACAGCUUCUAAGUCAUGGAUCCAUUUGGCUGAAGAGAACUGACUUUGCCUUUGACUAUCCUACACCUGUGAUGCCCAGUAUGGUUUUCAUUGGAGGCAUAAACUGUGGAAGGAAGAAGCUGUUACCUCAGGUUAGUGAGUGACUGGGAAAUGUUCUGGCAGUCAUAUGCUUGCAUGGUCUGUGCCAGAUCUAAAAGCAUUUCAUAUAGACAUUACUUACCUACAGGUGUUAUUUAGAGUAACUGUUUCUGUAUCACAAUGCAUGUGAGUAACAGUGGUGUUGUUGAGCAGCAGAAGACAUGAUUCCAUCUUCUUCUUUCCGACCUGCCCAACACAGGGAUUUUGUUCUCUAUGCUAUAUUUAAUUCCAGCUGGUCAGGUACACAAACUUCACCUGGUCCAGGAAUUAAUGCAUAAAAGUGCAGGUGGACUUAACAGUUCUUCCAAAAAUUCUUUGCCCCAUGAGACGAUAGUGUAUUUCUUCAAGAGCACUAGCUGUUUAUCCAGUCAGAAAAGUAACUGGGUUAAGUGCAAUAGCAUUAUUUGCUCUUUUCUGUAAUGGUGGUGUUGUGCUUGGUUUGAGUUGAAAGGCUAAUACUUUAUUAUGGGGAAAGUUACAAUCUAGCAACAGUUUCCAUCACAAAAACUAGGCAGCUGCAUGCUCAGCUGUCCUUUCAUAAGACAUCCAGUUCAGACAGAAAAUGUUCUCCUGUAAAUAUUGUGGGGUCUGAUCACCUCUUGCAUGUGUGUGAUGCAUGUUGACUUUCAGGUGUUCACGAUGUACUACAUUAGCUUCAUGAUGUACCACAUUAGCUUGUAGCUACAUGUGAUGUGUCUCUUCUUGCUUGCUUGUGAUAAGUACAACAGUCUCAUGCUGUGAAGGCAGCCAUUAAGUAGAAAAGGGUAGAUGGGAGGAGAUAGCACUCCUCAGCAGCUGGUGAAUCUCCAAUUAAUGGCAUCCAACAGUUUCAGCAACAAAUCACGUUGUUUCUUGAAAGAGAUAAAAGUUUUGUCCUAUUUGCAUGCCCCUAACAAAGAAACAGGCAUUUCUCUGUUCUUCCCUUGAACGUUUUUCACUUCUCUGUGUCAUACAUAGUGUAUGUAUUCCUCCCUGCCUGUCAGCUCUUCUAUUCUUCCUGUAAAUGCAUAUGCCUUUGUGAUUAUGAAUUAAGGAUGCUUUAUAGUAAAACAGAUUUGCACUUUACAAGCUUGCACACCUUCCCCAGAUCCAACCUUAUCUGCCCUCAGGCUGUGCUUAAUUCCUCCCAUUACUUCACCUGAUGCUGCCCAUUGUUAGUACUGCUUACUUCAGCAGAGCAGCUAUUGCUCAGGUCUUGCUUACUCACAGAAAAGUCUUUUUUUUCCCUGUUCUGUUCAUCUGACCUGUUUAAAGGCUGCUUCAGGGACAAGCCCAGACAGACCCUUCGGGAAAGCAACGGGACCAGUUCGCCUGCACGCAGUUCCACUUCAAAUUUCGACUCUCCUCUAAAACCAGAGCUCACUUUCACCCUUAUCUUGCAAGGGUUAAAAAGUUCAGAGUCCAGCAUAUUUUUAUUCCUGAUUCCUUAAUGGCAUUCCAGCCCUUUAUUUGUUACCUUCUAGAUGUAGCUAGGCAUCACAGUUAUAUGUAAAAGAAAAAUGUAAUACUGAAGGUUAGCACAUGUCUAAAAAAAAUGCUUGCUAACUGCUCAGGUAUGGUAUUUUAGUUUUAGUUUUUCCUCUGAAAUAAGAACACCAUGGCUUGCCAUUCAAAAACAGUUCUUGUUUUGAAAGUGCUAUUGAUUACUUCUGCCAAGGCUUUAACUAACUGGGUACCAAGGGAUCUGAGUGGCUUUAUUUUCAUGCAAUUCUUGUCAACUGGCAGUUAACAUUCUGGUUGCUCUUUCAGUUUACAGAAUCACAGAAUUGUAGGGGUUGGAAGGGACCUCCAGAGAUCAUAGAGUCCAACCCCCUGCCAAAGCAGGUUCCCUACAGCAGGUCGCACAGGUCGGCAUCCAGGCAGGUCUUGAACAUCUCCAGAGAAGGAGACUCCACCACCUCCCUGGC